UGUAACUGUUAGAAUGCAAAUAUUAUUGUUAUUGUUGUUAUUGAAAGCAAGGUUUUAUUUAUCGAUUGUGUGUGAUUAAUUGUUGGUUAUUGUGUAUAUUAAUGGAUUCGACAGAAAAUUUCCUCGAAGUUUGUCGGAUCGAUCCUUUACAGCCUUGCGUUACAGAACGUUAUUUCAAAACCAAAAUUUUUCCAGAAUAUGACGAAUGUGUGCUUAUUCAUUCCAAUAGACUGUGCUUAAUAACAUUAGGACCUAAUCAUCCUAUUCUGAAAGAAAAUCUUGAUGUCAUUUCUGUAAAAUUUGAGUCUAAUCGCAAUGUUAAUCGUUUAUCAAAUAAAGUAUCUGGUAAAUUUAAGAGAGGAGGUCAGAAAUUAAGUGAAAGAUCUGUGCUGUGUACAGUGAAAUGCACUGGUGAUAGAGAAUACUCAUUGUACAGUUGCAUUUCAGGAACUUUAGUUGAAGUAAAUGAAAAGCUUUUAGAAAAUCCCAAUCUCAUGAAAGAAAAGCCAUGGUCAGAUGGCUAUAUUGGUAUUAUACUACCACCUUUUCCCAAUUCCAGAAGAAAGAAUACUUAAGUUAUUUUUUGAAUAAAGUAUGAAAAUGAUGUAAAAAUUUUCUUUCUUUGUAAAAAUGCAAGCCAUUUUGUUAAUAAAUUUGAUUAUUUUUACAGAAAAUUAUAAUUUUGCUGUAUAAACAUAAAAUAUACAUUCAAAUGUAUAUAAUAUUCAUCAAAAUGAAUAUUAAAUUAUUUGUUGUAAUAUUUCAUUUUUGGAGCUGAAAAAUGUAAAAAGUGUGGAAGUCAAAAGUGCAAUUAUUAUCUUGGAUUUCUCUUAGCAUGUGAAAAGUAAUGAAAUCAAUAUUUGCUGUAAUCAAUAUCAAACCAAUGAAUAAAAUUUAUAUUUUUAUUAAAAAAAUCAGGUGAUGUUAUAAUUAAAGCUUUUUCGUCUUCAGCUUCUCUGUUCAUGAUAU